UAAAUUCAACUCAGACGCCCAUCCUCUAGUGUGGUGGAGCUAGUAUCGUCUUAAGGCCGCUUAGCGAGGAUGAAGCAAGGAUCGCGCGGAGUUGAGAGAGACGGAGGCAGCAAUGAUGAGACGACUCACUUACUGAACGACAGUGUGAACAGGACGCCGAGGUUUGACGCCAUGACGGUCAACCACGUGCCAGAGAAGCUACCUAUCCACAUAGUAGACGACAAGGUGGUGGACAGCCUGUCCUUCUCGAGUGUUAGGCUGAAGAAAAGAAUAGGACUCCUGAAUGGUGUGGGAAUCAUCGUGGGGGUCAUCGUCGGCUCUGGUAUCUUUGUAUCUCCGCGAGGCGUGCUUCAAGAAGUUAAUUCUGUUGGUAUGUCACUCGUGGUGUGGACGGCUUGCGGCUUACUGUCCAUGGUGGGGGCCUUAUGCUACGCUGAGCUCGGAACCACUCUGCCGAGAUCUGGAGGGGAUUAUGCAUACAUUUACGAGGCCUUUGGACCAUUACCAGCCUUCCUUUUUCUGUGGGCUGCUUUGCUUAUUGUCAUGCCAACAGGAAACGCUAUCGCAGCCCUUACGUUCGCCAACUACAUUCUGGAGCCUUUCUUUCCACAUUGCCCUCCUCCUGCCAAUGGUGUCAGAUUUAUAGCAGCAUCUGUUAUAUGUGAGUAUUAA